AUGGCACAAUUGCAAGCUGCCGACCGCAAGCUUUUCCAAGUUCUCGCAGAUCAGGGCCGAUCAGGGAUUCAAGUGACUGCGUCAGGACGGCCGCUUGACGCUGUGUUUGAGGCGGCCACGUUGACGGCUGAAGUUGCACACUUGCUGCAGCCACUCCCGAUUGCAUCGGGUUCUACUGGGGCAGGAGACAAGGAGCGGCAAGGACCGUAUUCACCACCACCUGCCCCAUUUGGCUGUGGCAAGGGGCGCGGCAAGGGUCGCAAGGGCAAAGGCGCAGUGCGUCAGAUGAAGAUGCCAGCAGGACUCGAGGGAUGCCGGAGCCACGCGAACGGCGGAGAGCCGAGUUGCUUCGGAUUCGGUCUCAAGACCUCUCGCGAGACAGACCUCCUAGACCGAGCCACUGGAGCAGUCGAUUGGCGCAAGCUGAACGUGUCGAUGGAACUGCGAUGUGCCAGAUGGGCAAACCGGGAUGAUGUGGAGAUGACGCUUGUGGCCAUGCGAUCUGCCAUGGGCGGAUGUCGUGCACUCAGGCAUCUGCUGCUCCGUCGAGCAGGCCAGAAGUGGGAUCGACAGCAGCAGUGCUUUGCGGCGGCAGGCAAGGCGCGAGAUUGCCGAAUUCUUUCUGCCCCGAAACUGACCAUGGGCAUUUUUCAUUCGUUUUCGUGGAAUCGUCGAGGCACCUCCAUUGAGCCCUACCAUCCCUCAGCGCAGCUGCGAGAGCUUCUCACGAAGGCGCCGGCGGUGGAGGCGAAAUACUACAAGUUGAAUGUGUCCACACCCGCCUGCUGCGUGCUGCGGCAGCAAGUGCUGCUGACGCAUGCCAACUCCAUUUCCGAGGAGCUGGCGAAGUCCAUUGUGGAACCUCAGGAUGUUCUCCGGUGGAUCCUCCAAGAAGAGCUAGGAGCACAUGGGCUUUCCCCGGUGGAAGGGCAGAAGGAGGAAGAUCACCUACCUAAUGUGAAGAUGAAGAAGAAAAUCGACAUGUCAAAUGCCUAUGCUCCAGCCAGUUCCUGGCGCUACUGCUUUGCUGUUGUGGACUGGCGGGCGGCCCACCCGGAGGAGGGACGAAGUGCCAUGGAAGUUGUGGAGUUGCAGCUCCGGGCCUUACAAGAGAACGACAUGGCCACCAGCGAGGGUAUCGCCAAGACCUUCGAGUUCGCCUCACCUAGCAACCAGGCCGCCACCGGGCCUGUGGAGCGCUUUGCCGAGAUGAUCUACCUCGGCUACCCCAUCCUUCUGAACUCAAAGCAGUUCACUCUCCUAUCAGCCCUUAAGCUGGCCGAGAACGAGUAUGCAAUCCGAGUCGAGGUGGAAGGCACCUGGGCCGGAAAGCAGAUCUUCGUCUGGCUACUGAGUAACACAGGCGAUGGAACUGGAUGGAGAACGAACUCGGUGAUGCCAGAUGAGCGCCCAGAUGGUGCGGAGUGA